GCUACGUCACGUGCCUUUUUAACAUGAAUACGGACACACAUAUCAAGAAUGAGAACGGGACCAAUACCUCUCUCCCUUGUAACUUCAUGGAUGAAACAAUUGCAGACAUUUGUAGGACCAUCGUCUGCGCUCUUAUCCUGACAACAUCGAUGAUUGGUAACACAAUGGUUGCCAUUGUCGUUUACCGAGACCGAAAAAUGAGAACUACAGUUAAUUUUCUGAUAGUUAACAUGGCUGUUUCUGAUUUCCUGUGCUCAGUUGUCGUUAUUCCAAGGGUCUUGACUGAGAUUCACACCUACCAUGGAUCUUGGUUGAUUGGGGGAACUACAGGUCUAGUGUUAUGCAAGGUGGUGUACUUUUUACAAGAUGUCACCGUGGCUGUGUCAUUGUUGACGCUGCUCGUGAUCGCUAUUGAACGUUACAACGCCAUCUCUCGUCCAUUCCUUCUUGAUACCAUUCCAAAGAAACGGUGUGCGGUGAUGAUACUGUCUACUUGGGUUUUAGCUUUUUUGAUGUAUAUAACGGAUUUUUUCACAUUUGAAUUUUCCAUUGUGGAAGAAGGUCUAUCAUGUCAUCAUAGCUGGGACCGGUUGGUAUCAGAUCCGAAAAAGGCGACAGAAAUAGAAUCCCUUGUCCACACGAUUAUGGCUUUGAUGAUUCCUUCCGUCGUCGUGAUCGCCUUUUACACCGUAAUUCUUAUUAGAAUCAAGCGAACGCCGGUUCCUGGUGAUCAAACUUCGAUUGGACGAAGGCGAAAACGAAGGCGCGACAGAAACAUCCUUAACAUAUUGCUAGCAAUCGUCCUUGCAUUCGGCUUCUGCUGGUUUCCAUUUAUAGUUUACACGUAUUUGGUAACUUACAUUUGGAUAAAGAAGGACUUAAACAUAGAAAUUCCUUGUUACAUGGAAACCUUUGGAGAAUGGGCGCUCUAUUUGACAUUUCUAAAUUCGUCGGUAAAUCCUGUCAUUUACUUUACCUUCUGUGAAAACUAUCGAAAUGGACUCUACAAACUUUUUUGGCCAUGUUUGUCACCUUGUAAUGUCAAACAGCCUCGUGAAAAAGGUGACAAAUAUGCUCCAUCAAGGGUUCAAGCUGGUAGAUACCGGAGCAAUAGAAGUGUGCCUCGGGAUGAGAAAGAGUACAUUCAUUUGCAAGUUCAAAAUCCUUGA